AUGACUUUAUUCACUACGAACCACCAAACCGUCUUCGCCAUGUCUUCGCACCAGUAUACCUUCCCGGGUAUGCACGAUGUCUCCGAAACCUACCCAUACCCCAUGGGUCAAGCAGACAGCGAGGAAGACAUGGACAGCUUCUACCUGGCCAGUCCCCCAGCGUCCUCAUACACAGGCCUCGACUUCGAACCAGCCAUGCCAGCCAUGCCAACAAACCAAGCCUGCAACACCACCAUGCUCGCACCCAUGAGCGGAUCCUACCUCCCCUACGGCGAGCAAUGGACCUCCCAAAACAACCCCACUACCCUUAACCCAAACCCGCAAACCUACCUCUACCCGGACCCUUCAACAAACUCCAACCUCGACCUCGACACCAAAGACCUAACCAACUACGGCAUCCCCAACCCCGACGGCUCCUGGCGCUGCGCCUACCCAGGCUGCACCUCGGCCGCGACGUUCCACCGCGGCUGCGACCUGCGCAAGCACUUCAACCGGCACCGGAAGCAUCUGUUCUGUCGGCACGAGGGCUGUCCGCAGGCUGUUGCGGGCGGGUUCUCGAGCAAGAAGGACCGCGCCCGGCACGAGGCGAAGCAUAACCCCGGGGUUGUGUGUGAGUGGCCCGACUGCGGGAGGGUGUUUAGCCGGGUUGAUAACAUGAAGGAUCAUGUGCGGCGGAUUCAUAAGAGGGGAGAGGUUGACUCUUGACUUUGACCUUGACUUUUUCUCAGGAUGUGUAUGUAUGCAUUUAGGGCGGGUUGGGUUUGGGUUGGUAUUAGCGACGGAUGUCAUUGCGUGGGAGUCUC